AUAAAGACUGGAGGAGAGAGAAAGGUUGGUUAAGACUUAAUAGAGAGAAAAAGAAAGAAAGAGAGAGAGUUUUAGUUUGGGUUUCACACACUUUUCUAAUCUAAAAAAAAUAUGCUAAAAGAUAUAUAGUAUGAAGAGAAAGAACUAUAGCUAAAAAAGAAGGCUACCUCAGAUUCAUUCAUACUUUCCGACCAAAUUCCAUACCCGAUUAUGUUUUCCGAUUCUCACCGUUAAUCUCACUCCUUCUCGGCUUCUUAAGCCGGAACCAAUAACGCUGUAAAGGAGGCCUUAAUUCUUCUUCUUCUUGGAUCAGAAUCGGAAUCGGAAUCGAAAUAUGAGAAGUAUUAACAAUAGCGUUGAAACUAUUAACGCCGCUGCUACUGCUAUUGUCUCGGCCGAGAGUCGAACUCAACCUACCUCCGUUCCUAAAAGAAGAUGGGGAAGUUGCUGGAGUCUAUAUUGGUGUUUUGGAUCACAUAAAAACAGCAAGCGAAUUGGUCAUGCUGUUCUUGUUCCCGAACCAGUGUUACCAGGUGCUGCAGUCCCUGCGGCUGAGCACCACCAAGCCUCCUCAUCAGCCAUUAUUCUACCCUUUAUUGCUCCUCCUUCUUCUCCGGCAUCUUUCCUCCAAUCGGAUCCUCCUUCUGCUACACAAUCCCCAGCUGGAUUGUUGUCCCUCACUUCACUAUCCAUGAAUUCGUACUCUCCGGGUGGCCCUGCAUCCAUCUUUGCCAUAGGUCCAUAUGCCUAUGAGACUCAGUUAGUCUCACCACCUGUAUUCUCGACCUUUCCUACUGAACCAUCUACUGCUCCGUACACUCCUCCACCUGAGUCUGUUCAACUGACCACCCCUUCAUCCCCUGAAGUGCCAUUUGCUCAACUUUUGACAUCUUCACUUGACCGAAGCCGAAGAAACAAUGGCACAAAUCAGAAAUUUUCACUAUCUCAUUGUGAGUUUCAGCCUUAUCAACAGUAUCCAGGAAGCCCAGGUGGCCAUCUCAUUUCCCCAGGCUCAGCGGUCUCAAAUUCUGGAACAUCAUCUCCUUUCCCUGAUAGACACCCUAUGCUUGGAUUCCGUACAGGGGAAGCUCCAAGGAUCCUGGGCUAUGAACAUUUUACCACCCGGAAGUGGGGUUCAAGGUUGGGUUCAGGGUCUUUAACGCCAGAUGGUGUGGGGCUGGGUUCAAGGCUGGGAUCCGGGUGUUUGACCCCAGAUGGCAAUGGUCUAGGUUCCAGGCUUGGCUCUGGGUCCAUGACCCCAAAUGGUGCUGGGCUUGACUCAAGAAUGGGCUCUGGAUGUCAGACACCUGAUGGGACUUUGAUGGCUGUUUGUGCUGAUAAUUUUGUUCUGGAGAACCAGAUAUCUGAAGUGGCAUCCCUGGCCAACUCAGAUAACGGGUGUCAGACCGACGGGUGUGUAGUUGACCAUAGGGUGUCGUUUGAGUUAACUGGUGAAGAUGUUGCACGUUGCCUUGCAAAUAAGUCUGCAUCAUUGAAUAGCAGAACUGCAUCAGAGUCUUUGGUUGAUAUAUUACCAGCAGAAUGCCCCACCAACAAAGAUGGUGUGUCGAUAGAUACCGAUAACAAUAAUAUUUCAUAUGAAUCAUGUGUUAAGGAAACUUCCAAUGAAAGCUCUGAACAUGAUUGUCGAGGAGAAGAUCAAAGCUAUCAGAAGCAUCGAUCAAUCACUCUCGGGUCAAUAAAAGAAUUCAACUUUGACAACACAAAAGCAGAUGCCUCAGUUAAACCAACCAUUGGCUCUGAGUGGUGGGCUAAUGAGAAAGUUGCUGGUAAGGAACCAAAGCCUGGCAACAGUUGGAGUUUCUUUCCAAUUCUGCAACCUGGGGUCAGUUGACACUAACUUUUACUGUUGCAUUUAUAUCUUCCCAUACUCCUCUGCUAAGACUUUCCAAAUGGUUUUCCUAAAAUGGAAAAUCUACUAACCCUUCUGUUUAAAUCUAGAAUUACAUUUUUGAGGAUUAAGGUUGAUAAAAAGAAAAAGAAAACUUGGGAUACAUUCUUGAUGAAUAGAUGGACCUUAGUGGUGAAAGAGAACAGUUUAUGAAUGUUUGAUGACCCCAAGACACAAUGCAGAAAGGGGAUAUUAGUUUGUAGAAUUGCUAGUGUGAGUAGUAGUGCUCUUAAGAUUCUAGAGAUUAACGCAUUCUUUAUAUAUUGUUAUACAAGAGAUAGUGUUUCAAGUAUAGUGUUUUCAUGUGUAUUAGCUUUCUUGUAAUGUGUACAAAUUUUUAAAUAAAAAAAGAAAAAAAAUUCAUAAUUUUCUCAUAAA